AUGUCGAAUUAUGUUAACCUCUGUGACUUACCUGCCGUAUUUUCUGCUUUUCUGUGGGCAGUGGAGCUUGGGAAACGCUUUUUCCCUCGCUGUUCAGCCGUCCUUAAUAAGAUCAUGGAUGCAGAUGACAUAUCACAGCUAGCUUACGUGGGGAACGACACUCCAGAGGAACGAGAGUUGAAGAAGCAGCGGCACAUGGAGCUCCAAGAAGUUUUAAGUAAGGCAUUCAGGGAGGAUAAAGAAGAAUUUAAUAAAACCAUUAACAUGUCGUCUCCAUCUUCCUCAACAUCGGUGGGAGUGCUGAAGCCUAAUGAACUAUACAAAUCAGCAAUGUCGAAUUAUGUUAACCUCUGUGACUUACCUGCCGUAUUUUCUGCUUUUCUGUGGGCAGUGGAGCUUGGGAAACGCUUUUUCCCUCGCUGUUCAGCCGUCCUUAAUAAGAUCAUGGAUGCAGAUGACAUAUCACAGCUAGCUUACGUGGGGAACGACACUCCAGAGGAACGAGAGUUGAAGAAGCAGCGGCACAUGGAGCUCCAAGAAGUUUUAAGUAAGGCAUUCAGGGAGGAUAAAGAAGAAUUUAAUAAAACCAUUAACAUGUCGUCUCCAUCUUCCUCAACAUCGGUGGGAGUGCUGAAGCCUAAUGGUAAGCACACUAAUAAUAAGUAA